AUGGAAUGCGACGAAGAACCACCGCAAGAUUCUCCGAUUGAAAAAAGCGUUCAGCCUCAGCUAGACUCCGCUGGGGAGAGCUGUGCUGAUGAAUCGGGACCAGGACCUGAUGCUUUUGAUGAAGAAGCGGUAAACGGACCCAGUGAAUGUGAAGAUCUGUCUAAUGGUGGUGGAACCGGUGACCACGCCGUUCCAGAACCCAAGGUGGGCAUGGCCUUUGAAUCAGAGAAAGCUGCUUAUGAUUACUACAGUGAAUACGGGAGAAAGGUUGGCUUCUGUAUCCGAUGGGAUACCAGAACUCGAAGUCGGAUAACUGGCGAAACGAUCAGCAGAAGAUUUCUGUGCAAUAAGCAGGGAUUUCGCGUUGACAGGCAGAAGGUGGGGGACCUAUUGGCCAAGUACCACCGAGAGGAAACGCGAUGCGGAUGCAAGGCAUUCAUGAGGAUCAAGCUCGGAAGUGAUGGCAAAUUUCAUGUCUCUGAGCUUUACAAUACUCAUAAUCACGAGCUUGUGAUCACGCAGAAGGUGAUCGAGUCCAAGAUUGAGAAGAAAGUGGUCGUGCAACCUGCAGAGGCCGAUUAUAGGAAUUUCUUGAAAACGAAGGGAAUGAGUCCUCUGCAGAGAUUCGAGGCCGGUCGUCUACUUGACUACUUCAUAAGUAAGCAAGCCGAAGAUCCAUCGUUCUUUUAUUCGUUCCAGCUCGACGAUGAUGAGCGAAUCACCAAUGUCUUCUGGGCCGAUGGAAAGAUGAAAGCGGACUAUGUGCGCUUCGGAGACGUUUGGUGCUUUGACACGAUGUACAGAACAAGCGACUAUGGACAGCCACUAGCACUGUUUGUGGGAGUUAAUCACCACAUGCAAAUAGUACUCUUUGGAUCUGCGUUGCUGUGUGACGAGACGGCCGAUUCCUUGAGAUGGGUCUUCAAGGCUUUCAGGGAAGCCAUGUGUGGAAAGAUGCCGGACACUAUUUAUACUGAUGGAGACAAGGAGAUAGCGGACGCUGUUGAGCUGUGUUUCCCCGGCUCUUCUCAUCGCCUGUGUGCAUGGCAUCUGUAUCAAAACGCCUUGAAGCAUCUUGGUCAUGCCUUGAGUGGGUUUGCCGAUUUCGAUGAGGACUUCAGGAAAUGCAUAUUUGAUAGCGACAUUGAGGCGGAUUUCUUGAAAGGGUGGAGUGCGAUGCUUCAAAAAUAUGGUUUAUCAGAGAACACAUGGCUUCAGCAGAGGUUUGAAGAGAGGGAGAAGUGGGCGGCAGCAUAUGGGAGGACCACAUUUUCUGCGGAAAUGAAAAACGCAUGGCGUUUUGACAAUCUUACUGAAGAGCUGGGAACAUAUCUGAAUUGUGAAAAGGAUAUUCUCAUCUUUCUUGGCCAGUUUGAUAGAUUACUGGCAGCCAGACGCAAUGAGGAGCUUGAAGCCAGUGUCAAGAUGACACAGAGCUUGCCUUACGCCCCACCCAUUGCCAUUCUGCAGCAUGCUGCGCGUGUUUACACACCGGCCGUAUUCAAAAUGUUCAUGGCGGAGUACAACAUCGGCUUGGAAUGCUUCAUUAAAAACCGGCAUUUCGAUGGGUCUAUCUAUAUUUUGACAGUUGAAGAUUCGAGGCAUCACGAGCAUCUCGUUACAGUUAACAUCACUCAAGAGAUUCUAACCUGCAGCUGCCAUAAAUUUGAGCUCGCUGGGAUCCUUUGUGGGCAUAUCAUGAAUUGCAUCCUUCACGAUCUGCGAUACAUUCCAGAGAUUUAUAUCCUGAAGAGAUGGACACGAGGUGCUGGCAGCAUUUCAUCAAUCUCUCAGGCGAGUGCAUCUGUAGAAGAUCUUAAAUUCAGCCUUCCUAAGCGUUACAACUGUCUAGCUCACGACUUCAUCCAGCUCUCCUUAAGAGCAGCUGAAGAUGAAGACAUGCAUAACUGUGCCAUGAAGCACAAGCUGGCCAUGUAUGAGGAAAUGGAAAAGAUUGUAAAGGAAAAAACAUCGUCUGUGCGUAUCAUCUCAUCUGGAAGCAUGUUUGGUGGGAGUCAAGCGAGAAAUAGUGCCAUUGGUGAGUUUUAG